UGCCUCCCGAAUGUGGGAUUAAAGGCCUGCGCCACCACCGCCCGGCAAACUCGCCGUUUUCUUGCAUACUCCUUUCAAAAUCUACGAUUACAGGCACACACCACCACAUCUGGCUUUCCUUCUUUUUUUUUUCUCUUAAGGAUCAAUUCCAACAACAGUUGCUAACUUGUAAGCUCGAAUACUAAGUAGCGUUUACAGAGCACUUUGUGGCUCUCAAUUUAGCUUCCCAAGCCUUUCCUAGCAGGGGCUCCGAGGUCACGAGCUGGUCGGUUUACGUAGUUAACGGUGUAGCCCUUGUAGGCUCAGAGCGGCAAGGAACCCGGGGCUUGACCGGGGCCCAAGUGACGCUCGGUGUGGAUGGAGGCUUCGGCGCCUCUCUGGAACAACGCGAGGCGUCCGGCGGGGCACACGCCCGAUGCUAUUUCACUCCGGGACUCACAGAUCAAUUCUCCCCAAGGCGGUCGUCAGUACCAAAUCUCGUCUGCCCGUCUCUGACCAUCGCCGCAGGAGAACUGCAGCCGGGCAGGGCCAGCGCCGGGAGGAGGAGGAGCCCCUUCCGGGUCGCUCUACAGAAGCUGCUCAGCAGAGCCCAGGAUAGGAUAACGCGCGCCGGCCCGCUUUACGGCAAAGGUGCGCGCGUUUGCGACAGCAUGACGCAAGCAAGUUUUGGCGGGAAAAGUUCUGCAUUUGGAUUCCUGUGGCAGCUGGCAAAGGAGUGCUUGGCGAGAAGAGCGUCCCGAACGGUGGGAAAGGAUUCCUGCGAAGGUCCCAGAGGUCUAGACUAGUGCGGACGGGCACGCCGCUGUGCUUGGAGUCAUGGCAGUACCAUUUGUGGAAGACUGGGACUUGGUGCAAACUUUGGGAGAAGGUGCCUAUGGAGAAGUUCAACUUGCUGUGAAUAGAAUAACUGAAGAAGCUGUUGCAGUGAAAAUUGUAGACAUGAAGCGGGCCAUAGACUGUCCAGAAAACAUUAAGAAAGAGAUCUGUAUCAAUAAAAUGUUAAAUCAUGAGAAUGUAGUGAAAUUCUAUGGUCACAGGAGGGAAGGCAAUAUCCAGUACCUGUUUCUGGAGUACUGCAGUGGAGGAGAGCUUUUUGAUAGAAUAGAGCCAGACAUAGGCAUGCCUGAACAGGAUGCUCAGAGAUUCUUCCAUCAACUCAUGGCGGGGGUGGUUUAUCUGCAUGGAAUUGGAAUAACCCACAGGGAUAUUAAACCAGAAAACCUCCUCUUGGAUGAAAGGGAUAACCUCAAAAUCUCUGACUUUGGCUUGGCAACGGUGUUCCGGCAUAAUAACCGUGAACGCUUACUGAACAAGAUGUGUGGUACUCUACCUUAUGUCGCUCCAGAGCUUCUAAAGAGAAAGGAAUUUCAUGCAGAACCAGUUGAUGUUUGGUCUUGUGGAAUAGUACUUACUGCAAUGUUGGCAGGAGAGUUGCCGUGGGACCAGCCCAGUGACAGCUGUCAGGAAUAUGCUGAUUGGAAAGAAAAAAAAACCUAUCUCAAUCCUUGGAAAAAAAUUGAUUCUGCUCCUCUGGCUUUGCUUCAUAAAAUUUUAGUUGAGAAUCCGUCAGCAAGGAUUACCAUCCCAGACAUUAAAAAAGAUAGAUGGUACAACAAGCCACUUAACAGAGGAGCUAAGAGGCCCCGUGCCACUUCAGGUGGUAUGCCAGAGUCUUCUAGUGGAUUCUCUAAGCACAUUCAUUCCAAUUUGGACUUUUCUCCAGUAAAUAAUGCUUCCAGUGAAGAAAAUGUGAAGUAUUCUAGUUCCCAGCCAGAGCCACGGACAGGGCUUUCCUUGUGGGACAAUGGUUCCUCAUAUGUUGACAAACUCGUCCAAGGCAUCAGUUUCUCACAGCCUACAUGUCCUGAUCAUAUGCUUGUAAACAGUCAGUUACUUGGUACCCCCGGAUCCUCACAGAACCCCUGGCAGCGCUUGGUCAAAAGAAUGACCCGUUUCUUCACCAAAUUGGAUGCAGACAAAUCUUACCAGUGCCUGAAAGAGACCUUUGAGAAGUUGGGCUAUCAGUGGAAGAAGAGUUGUAUGAAUCAGGUUACUGUAUCAACAACUGAUAGAAGAAACAAUAAGUUGAUUUUCAAAAUAAAUUUGGUGGAAAUGGAUGAGAAGAUACUGGUCGACUUCCGGCUUUCUAAGGGCGAUGGAUUAGAGUUUAAGAGACACUUCCUGAAGAUUAAAGGGAAGCUUGGUGAUAUUGUGAGCAGCCAGAAGGUUUGGUUUCCUGCUACAUGAUGAAGCUGUCAGCUCUGGAGAUUCCUGGUGAAUAUAGUGCUGCUAUGUUGACAUUAUUCUUCCUAGAGAAGAUUGUCCUGUUCUGCAAACUGCAAACAAUAGUUUUUUGAAGAAUUCUCUUCCUAUUACCCAAACAUCUUCCAAUUCUUAGUAUGUUUUAUAUACAUAUAAUACUGUAUCUUAAUUGUAUGUAAUACUUUGGGGAAAAGAUGGAUCAAAUUCAUUAGGUGUUUCUCCAGCUGUUUUUAAAUUGUCUGAAUUUGAAACCUAUCUGGUAGAAACCAAGUUUUGGGAUACAUGAGUUUGCCAGCUUUUAUACCAAUGUAGUAUCACUUCUGAAAAAAAAGUCAGAACAUUUUGUUUCAUCCUAAGAAAACAUAUUUCUUCUUUGCUAUUUAAUUGUAAGGAUUGUAAGGAUGAAUAAACAAAGACCAUUGCUCAGUGCAGCUGAAUGGUCCUUGGAGUGAGACCUGCUACAAAAAAAUGUAUCCCAAGAUAUGUACUAUAUUUUCAGUUUGGGUGUAUGUGCUACACCAGGACUUGGCCAGUUAUAUAAAACUGUUUUUGAGUUACAAUGAUUAAAAUUACAAGAUUUUUUUUUCUGGUGUAGCUAGUCAAAUAUAAAGUACUGGUUGUCUUUCAAGAAGUUGUGCAUAAGCUCUCGUGCUUAUUUUUUAAAAUUACACACUUGGAUGAUUUUUUUACACUCACAACCAUAUUCUUACUCUACAAAUAAAUUCUAUUUUCAAAAUCAAUACUUUACUCAGUAAACUUAUUGGCCUCAAGUUUCUAGAUGACACUGACUGAAAAGGAGACGGGGAGUAAGGAAACACACGAAUAGGCCUGGUUGUUGUUCCUCGCCUUCUAGACUCACUAAAGCUUUGUUUUGUUCAUGAAAUUUAUAUUAAAAUAUGAAUUAUAUGAUUGGGGUCUUGUAUUCCUUUUUGUAGAUAAAUAACAAUGAGUCUGAAGCUAAGAACACUUACAAUUUUAUGGCUAAAGUUUGUUACAUAUUGGUGUAUGCCAGCAUACUUACCUGUCCUAUACACAGAAGUAAACCCGAACCUAAUUUAUUCAGUCUCCUGUUUUCCACAUUGUAGUACCACUGUGGUUAAAAUCAGUCAUCUUUUUAAGACUGUUACUUAUUCCUUGUUGUUGUAUUUUCUGGAAAAGCUGUCCAAAUGAUCCUUCUACAGUAUAGAUCAGAUCCCUGGCCCACUCCCACAUUUACAACUUUUCAUCACUGAAAAUUCCAAGUUGGUCUGAGGUGUACAGUUCUGUGUGACUGUCUCUUCCUCUGAUGUUACGGAGUACUGUGUCCAGAGCCUGUGUCUGAAAUCAUGACUCAUUGCUUCCUGCCAGCCCUUCACAGCCACCAUUUUGCUUUUUGUCUCCAUGAAUUUCAAUGCUCCUGUACUUACCAUAAAUAGAACUGUGUAUUUGUUUCUUUGUGUUUGAUCUAUUUCACACUUGUGUUUUCAGGAUUUAUCUAUGUUAUAACAUAUAUCAGAUUUCAUUUCUUUCUGCGACUAACAUUCCACAGUGCACGUGUAUGCAUGUAUGCGUGUGUUGUGUGAGCACGCGAGCACCACAUACUUGAUCAUGUAUGUUUGGAUUGUUGCUACCUUUUGUCCACUGUAAAUGAUACUGGUUUGGAAAUAGAUAUAUAAAUAUCUGCUCAAGUCUCUGUUUUUAAUUAUUUUGUGUGUAUACCCAGAGGUAGAAUUUCUAGUUGAUGUGAUAAUUGUAUUUUUGAUAUAUUCAGGCACUGUAAUAUUGUUUGCCAUAGUAGCUAUGUUAUUUUUAUUGUUGUUAUCUUUUCUCGUAAAGUAGAACAAU